AUGGCUUCCUUCAGCAACACUGACACUGGCUCCAAGCCUGCCGACCCAUACACCCAGAAGAACAAGGACGAGGUUUCCUUGAAGGAGAAGGUCGAAGACCUCUUCACCUUCAUCGACAAAACCAAGUUCUGCUUGUUCACCACACACGCUGGCGACACCGACCUGCUCGCGAGCCGUGCCAUGGCCCUCGCCGCCAAGGAGGGUAACGGUUUCGACCUCCUCUUCCACACCAACACCGAGUCCGGCAAGACCGAUGACAUCAAGGAGGACUCAUCAGUCAACAUCGGUUUCAUCAAUCCCUCUGGCGAGUGGGCCUCCAUCUCAGGCCACGCCUCAGUCGAGACGAACCGCGAAGUCGUACGGAAGCACUACUCACCAGCCCUGAAGGCCUGGAUCGGUGACCUCGGCGACGGCAAGCACGACGGCGGCCCAGAAGACCCCCGCAUUGCUGUGAUCCGAGUCAAGGCCAAGACUGCACAGUACGCUAUCUCGAGCAGAACCUCUAUUGGGGGCUUCGUUGAGCUGGCAAAGGGCAUCGCGACCGGCGAGGCACCCAGCGUCAACAAGCUGAGGCACCUUGACGCGAGUGAGAUCGCACAGUGGAAGUCCCAGUAG